AUGUCAGAAACUUUACCACAAGUUGAAAUUUUGCAAGAAGGAGACAACAAAAACUUUGCUCAAAAGGGCGACCUUGUCACCAUCCACUACGAUGGAAAAUUGACCAAUGGUAAAGAAUUUGACUCUUCGAGAAAAAGAGGUAAACCAUUCACAUGCACCGUUGGUGUUGGUCAAGUUAUCAAGGGUUGGGAUAUUGCUUUAACUAAUAAUUUCGGCGAGGGAGGAAUCCCCAAAAUUUCAAAAGGUACAAAGGCCUUGUUGACUAUCCCACCUGAAAUUGGUUAUGGGUCUAGAGGAUUCCCAGGGUUGAUUCCUGCUAACUCGACUUUGGUUUUUGAAGUCGAAUUGUUGGCAAUUAAUGAUCAAUAA